CACCACAUUCAGUCUUCCAACUCCAAUCCAAUAGCACGUAAAGUUGAGUAAACUCGUCGCAAAAACCGCCAUCAUGAAGUCAUCCAUCAUCGCCGCCCUGCUUUCCAUCUACCUUUUCGCAACCCGCAUUACCGCUCUAGCAACCCGUGCCGCAACCUUGGACCGAAAAUGCCCCCUCGAGUCAGAUUGCAUGGAAAACAUAUGUACAAAUUUCAGCUUCAUAGAAAAGGAAGAAAAGGACCCGUUCUACCUCGUUGCCCAGUGUAAGAACAAGAAAGGCAUUUACGUUUACACCAAGCUCGAUCUCAAGAAGUGCAUCGCCAACUGGGACGGCAACCUGGAGUGGACACCGAGAGGCGGUUUCAGGUGCAGAGAAUGCGGCGUCUUCCAGAAGUCUGCAAAUACAUAUGUCGGCCUCAGGUGCGAGGAGUGCAAGCCACGUAUCUUUUGGCUAGAGGGAUACAAGUCGCCGUCCAUCAAUCUCUCUCAAGGGAUCUGGGUCAGUCAGGACGGCGCUCUCAGCUGUUACGACAUGAAUGGCGAGUGGUAUGUGUAACUAUAGACCACACCGGCGAGCUCACAAUGGUCCACAGUUGACUGGGGCUUUAGAUUCUCUAGAGUAAUUGCGUACGACACCAGCGCAAUUUCAUUAUUAGGUAUCGGCAUCUCGUCUACAAAG